AUGGCCGAUGAUGAUGGACUGACAGGUGCUUACAAGGGGGCCAAUUUCGCAAUCAAGAUUAUAAUUGCUACCUUCAUUGGGAUCUCAUGGUACAAUGCACUUGAACUGUGCGUUCUGGUCUUUGUGACCUUCAGCCAUUACAAAGGCCUCUAUUUUUGGAGUCUGUUGAUAUCGGCUACCGUUGGUAUCGUGCCCUAUGCUCUCGGGUUUUUACUCAAGCUCUUCAACUUGAUGGACAGUGUCUGGUUAUCCCUUGUUUUCCUUACGAUCGGUUGGUGGACUAUGGUCACUGGCCAGUCCUUUGUCCUAUACUCCCGACUUCAUCUAGUUAUCCGCGACCAAAAGAUUCUACGCCGGGUGCUAUGGAUGAUAAUCUGCAACAUUUUCAUUCUCCAUCUGCCAACGACCAUCCUAACCUUCGGUUCGAAUUCGAGUCAGCAGGAGAAAUUUGUACCGGCAUACAAAAUUAUGGAGAAGGUACAGAUGACUGGCUUUUUCAUCCAGGAGGUCAUCCUUUCUACGCUCUACAUAAUGGAAACAACAAAGAUGCUUCGGAUAGCACCUAAGCACGGAAACAGGAAGAUCAUGUACCAACUUCUAGGUAUCAACCUUAUAUUCAUCGUCAUGGACCUUGCACUCCUUGGCACCGCCUAUGCCAACCUAUAUGUUAUUGAAACGACAAUUAAGGCUAUGAUAUACAGUGUCAAGCUGAAGCUUGAAUUUGCAGUUUUGGGAAAACUUGUCCAUUUGGUAAACAUACAUUCGUGGAAUCCGGAAUUUUUCAGCGGAGCAAACGGCUACCCUGAUUUCGUGGACCCAACCCAGAUAACAUCGGAUAUCACCCGGCCGCCCCAGUGCGUCAACAGCCCUCCAAAACCACCAUGGUCAUUCCCAGAUGCGCUGCCAAUUACCUCAGAUCCACAGUUAUGCAGGAAAGAAGACGUGGCGCCUUCAAGCAGCGGCAGCCUGUCAACAACACAUAUUGCUCCAUCCACCCCCAACGGGGCUCCAGUGCCGGUGCCAGUCGACGUUACACAUGCCAUACCCUCCCAGAUUAUAUCACCCAAUAGCCUUCCGAGAUGGUCGUGUUAG